AUGUUUGAUCUUAUUCAUGUGCCAUGCCCUCCGCCACGUUAUCUAAACAUCUCCCUAGCGGCCUUCGGCUACACCGGGGGCAGCCGCAAGUGGGUCUCUGCGCAGACCCUCGAGCGCACAAAGGGAUCAGAGGCCUUGGGCCAUGAGUCCUUGUCGGCAAAUACGGCAUCCUAUCGCCACAAGUCUACCUCUCCAGCACCUCUAAGAACUGUUAAUUGUCGACCGCGUUUGAUCCUCCACAGCGCAGGUUCCACCCCUUCUGAUCAUGAGCCUGAGACAUCGCCCCCACCUCGCGCUUCCCCGGUUCCCUCACAAACUGGUGAAAAACAAUCCGCCACGCCAUCUGCUGUUACCAUUCGCGUGAAGCGUGUAAGCAAAUUUUCCACGCCCUGA